CUCUUUCUUUUCACAGUGUUCGCGUGUUGAUGACGGAAAAUUGCAAAGAAAUUGGCAAGUAAAUCGCUGCAAAAUGGCAAAAAAGAAGAGUGAGGAGCAUUCUAGCGCCGAUGCGAAUGACAGUGACUACCAGGAAGAGCCUAAUUUCGAUGAUCCGCCAAAUUUUGUGGAUAAUAUCAACGAUGAAGAUUUGUUGGGCGAUAUGCUGGCCCAGCGCCCAUCUGAGGCCGAUGGUGUGGAGAGCGUUGUAGUUGUUGAUAACAUCCCCAAAGUAGAGCCAAGCCGCCUUGAGAAACUGAAGUCGGUGAUCCUUAAGGUAUUCUCGCACUGCGGCGAAAUUGUGAAUGUCGUCUAUCCCGUAGACGAUGAGGGAACUACUAAGGGUUACGCUUUCAUGGAGUACAGGCAUGCCUCCCAGGCAGAGGAUGCUGUCAAGAAGCUGAACAACCAUCGCCUGGACAAGAACCACACGUUUGCGGUGAAUUUGUUCACGGAUUUCCAGAAGUACGAGAAUAUACCGGAAAAAUGGGAACCACCAACUGUGCAGCCGUUCAAGAUUCAGAAUGAUUUGUACAACUUUAUCAAUGAUCCGGAUGCAUACGACCAGUACUGUGUGGCCGCUGAGACUGCGCCAAAUUGUGUCCAGGUAGGAUUCUGGCAAAAUACUCUGCCAGAGCCCAAUGAACUGGAGACACGAGAACGCUUCACCGACACCUUUGUCAAGUGGUCGCCUUUGGGCACAUAUGUGGUGACAUUCCACAAGCCGGGAGUAGCUAUUUGGGGAGGCAGCAAUUUCCAGAAAAUCCAGAAAUUCCCCCAUACUGGUACCCAGUUUGUAGAGUUUUCACCCUGUGAGAAUUAUUUGGUCACCUAUGGACCUACACCAACUGGUCAGAAAAUUAUCAUUUGGGAUAUACGCACUGGAUCCGAGAAACGAUCUUUCGUAGCCGAUGGCAUGUCGGUGUUGUCUAUGUUCCGUUGGUCGCAUGAUGAUAAGUUUGUGGCGCGUAUGGGCGAGAAUUCCAUACACAUCUAUGAGACGCCCUCGUUCUAUUUGCUCGAUUUGAAGUCGAUUAAGAUACCUGGCAUUAGAGGAUUCUCUUGGUCGCCCACGGACAAUGUGAUCGCUUACUGGGUGGAGGAGCAGAACCAAAUUCCAGCCCGUGUAACACUAAUGGAGAUUCCCAAGAAACGCGAAAUACGUAACAAGAACCUGUUCCAUGUUGCUGAUUGCAAACUGCAUUGGCAAAAGUCUGGCGACUAUCUUUGCGUCAAAGUGGACCGCUACUCCAAGCUCAAGAAGGAUAAGAAGGAGUUGGACGUAAAAUUCCUUGGAAUGUUCUACAACUUUGAGAUUUUCCAUAUGCGGGAAAAGGAGAUUCCAGUGGAUUCUGUUGAGAUCCGUGAGCUUAUUUUGGCGUUUGCCUGGGAACCCAUUGGCAACAAGUUCUCUAUUAUCCAUGGCGAGCUUAAUUCCUCAAAUGUAAGCUUCUAUGAGGUCAACAAAGGCGUCAAACCAAGUUUGGUAAAACGAUUGGAAAAGAAAUCCUGCACGCAUCUCUUCUGGUCACCACGCGGACAAUUCAUAGUCAUGGCGAAUCUUACUAUGGGCACCUUUGAAUUUGUAGACACCACCAACGAUUAUAUAAUCAGUGCCUCGCCCGAUCAUUUCCGUGCCUCGGAGGUGGAAUGGGAUCCCACUGGACGUUAUGUCGUUACUGGCGUCUCAUCGUGGAAGGUUAAAGAGGACACUGGAUUCAACAUGUACACCUUCCAGGGACGCAUUAUCAAGCGAACGAUCCUUAAGAACUUUGUGCAGUUCUUGUGGCGACCACGCCCACCCACCCUUUUGUCCGAAGAGAAACAGAAGGAUAUUAAGAAGAACUUGAAGAAGUACUACCCAGCGUUUGAACAAAAGGAUCGCCUACGUCUCACCCGGGCCUCCAAGGAAUUGCUGGAGAAACGCUCCCAACUGCGCGAAACAUUUAUGGAAUAUCGCAACAAGCGUAUUGCAGAGUGGAAGGAUCAGAAGAGUCGUCGCGUCAUGCUCAGAGGGCAUGUGGACACUGAUAACUUGGAGACUGAAGAAGUCGAUGAAGAAAUUGUUGAAUUUUUAGUCAAGGAAGAAAUAACUUUGCUCGAGUAGACGACCCCCAGGAACACAUACAUUAAAAUUUAAAGUGUUUGAAGGGCGUCCACCACCCUGGCCUCCUCCUCCUGCUCACUAGGACCAGGGUCUCUUCAAUAUCUGCGUGUUUUCUAAAUUAGCAUACAAUAUAGACCAACAUCUUAAGACCUAAAGUAAAAAUAACAAAUUUUCACUCUUUUUAA